CCAACAUAAUACUAACAAACAAAAAGAAAAGCAACUUGUCUCCAUCAACCUUACCAGCAUACCAUCCCAAUCCGAUCGUUGAUUCAUCCCUCCUUCCUUGCUUCUUCUCUCCUUUUCACCACUUAACCAAACCCAACUCAUUUCUUCUGAAAUUGCCUUUAAAAGUAUUCCCUUUUAGUUAUAGUUUUACCGCCCCCAUUUUAAUACUCUCUCUUUCUCUCUCUCUCUCUCACACACACACACACACAUUCGGAUCCUUUUAACACCGCCCCAUUAUUGCUUGCUCGUUAAUUACGGCAAUGACUCGGCUAUUUCGAUCCAAAUCUUGCGGACUGGUGGAGUUCAACGCUGCUCCGCCGAGUCCACUUUUCCAUGAUGUGAAAAGUGAGGACGAAGACAAUGAAGAAGAUGAAGAUGAAGAUGAAGAAGAGGAAGAAGAAGAAGAAUUGGACAGUGAUGAUGAUGUUUCGAGCAACCCGGUUUCAACGGCGUUGAUGAAUCCAGGGUCAAAAGUGGAGAACAAAGGUUGGCGUGGUGGGCAUGGUUGCCAAUCUAACCAGUUUGCGAUGUUGGAUAUUUUGUUGGCUGCGUUGAAGAAGUCGCUGGUGACUUGCAGUGUGGAGAGAGAGGAUAUUUCUUCGUUGGAUAUUAGCUGGCCCACAGAGGUGCGCCAUGUCUCGCAUGUUACCUUUGAUAGGUUCAAUGGCUUUCUCGGUUUGCCCUCUGAGCUCGAGCUUGAGGUUCCCAAGAGAGUCCCCAGUGCCAGUGCUAAGGUAUUUGGAGUUUCUGCAAAGUCAAUGCAGUGCUCUUAUGAUGAAAGGGGGAACAGUGUCCCAACGAUUCUGCUGAUGAUGCAAAAGCGAUUGUAUUCAGAGGGUGGCCUUAAAGCGGAAGGAAUAUUCCGAAUUAAUGCUGAUAAUAGCCAAGAAGAAUUUGUGCGUGAUCAGCUAAACAGAGGUCUGGUACCACUUGGAAUCGACGUUCAUUGUUUAUCUGGUUUAAUAAAGGCUUGGUUUAGAGAGCUUCCAACGGGGGUACUUGAUUCCCUCACCCCCGAACAGGUGAUGCAUUGCAACACAGAAGAGGAUUGCACCAAUCUUAUGAAGUUGCUUCCUUCAACUGAAGCUGCAUUGCUUGACUGGGCAAUCAAUUUGAUGGCAGAUGUUGUUGAGCGUGAACAGUUCAACAAAAUGAAUGCUCGCAAUGUUGCCAUGGUUUUUGCGCCCAACAUGACACAGAUGGCGGACCCUUUGACUGCAUUGAUUCAUGCAGUGCAAGUCAUGAACUUCCUCAAGACAUUGAUUCUGAAGACCCUUCGAGAAAGAGAUGAAUCAAUUGCCAAGGCAAGACAGCUGUCAUCACUCUUAGAUUCUCCCUCUUGCAAAGGUGAUUCCCAUCCUUUGGAAGUUAAUAACAAGGAGGAAUCUUGUGAAGAGGAAACUGAAGAGACCUGUAGCACAAAGCCACCUGUGAAAAGCAAGUUCUCAAGGACUUCUACCUUGGGAAGAAUAGAAUGGUGUAUUGAAGAGAAACUUUGGAGAUCUGAGGAAAAGGGAAAUGGAGUUGGGGAAUUGGAAUCUGUUUCGGAUAGUAGCUCACCUUCAAGGUAUGAGAAUGGUCCAUUAGAGAAUAGGUAUAGAGGUAUAUAUGACAGUGAACAUUGGGUGAAAUUGAGAAAUGGAGUGCGCAGGCUGUGCAGACACCCUGUAUUUCAAUUGAGCAAGCCCACUAAGAAGCGUGCAAGUCUUGGUAUUGUAAAUACUAGGGAAGGAGGUGGAGAGGCUUGGGCCUAAAACAACUACUGCAUGCAUGAAUGCAUGCUUUGGUUUUAUAUAUGGCUUGUAUGAUUGAGAUGUAUAGAUGUUUGUUUGAGAUUGUAUGAAGCUAGCUUUAGUUGUAAUUGAUGCUUGGUCUCUUGGUAGAAUCCAAGUUCUGAGAUGUUUCAAGGAGUUUAUCGUACCAAUGACUAGUCCUAUAAAGAAUUUUGUUGGAUCAAGUACUUGGUAUUUUACCACUAUAAAUAACAAGUAGAUACACACUCUGACCCUACUACAUUUACCGGACUUGA